CUGAUCACCUGGAAACACCUGCUUUGGUUGAACUUUGAUGCUAUAUAAUGUACAUAACUGAUGAACUUUCUACUCCGUUAUAAUCUUCUUUGUUUAUGAGUGAUGAGAAUGUUGAAUCUUGUAGGCCUUCAAUGGGGAAAUGGAUAAGUUUCCUACUUUAGCAAGUCUUUGAUUAGUAGUGAGUGAAGAGAUCAUUUCAUUUCAUAUUCAGAAAAACUUCUUCCGAGAAAACCCAAAGGCUUCAGUAAUCUUUCAUGAUGGAGAAUGGUGUCUUUGACCCUGUCUCUUCAUUGAUAGAUCAUAGUUACAUGGCCAUGGAUGGUUUUAGCACGAGUAUGUUGUCAGGUUCUCAUAUUAUGUCUGGUGUUUCAGAUCAUGGAAGAUUCAGACAGAUUUUGCAUACAAAUCCAUUAUAUCUGACAUAUAAGGAAGAAGUCCUUAGAAACAUGAAUCACAAUGGAAAUUCCUCAAUUCAAAAUACCAACUUUAGAGAGAAUAAUGUAAAUUCCAGCAUUGCUUGUUCUUCAUUGUUCACCUUCGAUGAAAUGAGAAACAGUACAUCUAAUGGCAGCUGUAGCACUCCAAAUUUAUCAUCUAAGAUCUCAAAAUGUUCUAAAUUUGUCCCUCAGGUCCAUUCGGGUUUCUUAACAUCUCCAAAAGAUGACAAUUCAGAUUUCCAUCUCAAUUGCAAAGAGAUCUAUGAUGAGUUUUCUGCGAAUCAGUUCUCUUCAACUCUAACUUCUAGUAGUUUUCAUCCAUCUUAUCUAGUAGGAAGCUCAGAACAAGGUACCCUUAGCUUUGAUAAUGAGCUCUCCCUGAGGCUUGGCUCUUCUCAUCCUUCUGUUUUGAACUUGCCGAACGUUAAUGACCUGUACAUAGAUGAGAGUUACUCUGACAAAACACAAGUUAUGUCAAGCAGCGGCAGUGGCGGCGGUUCAAAAGAUAUUAAUAAAAUGUAUAAUUUUACUAAUGAAAAUUACUUGUUUGAGAACGUGCAGAAAUUUCCAAACAGUGGAUCUUCUCGGGUGCCAUUAGACUUGAGAUAUCUACAUGCAAUCCAAGAAAUACUUGCUGAACUAACCAGUAAUGCAGUUGAAGAUGUUGAAGAGAUUGAUGAUUCACUUGCGGAUCUUGUGUCUGAGGCCAAUAUGUCUUCUUCCAGUGGCUCUACUGUGAAAGGAUUCAGGGAAACUGGCUUUAAUGUCUUGCCAUUUUGUUCUGUUGAAAAUGAAUAUGAGCAAGAGAUGGACUGUCAACCACAGAAGCAGCAGAGUAAUUCAUCGAAAUCUGAACUCAUAAACAUGCUUGCGAUGGUUGACCAGAGAUUCAACCAGUUCUUAGAUCAAAUACAGAAUGUUGUUUCCUCAUUUAAUGCUAAAGCUGCAUCGGGCUCUAAUCUACCUGCUAAAUUUGCUCUAACCACAAUAUCCAACUUCUAUAAGAACAUAAGGAGUACGAUUGCAGACGAGAUUGUUUCUAACGGUCGAGAACCUAGCUCUGAAUGCAUGCAAGAGGAAGAAAGAAACUUCGAGUCUUCUUUCAUUCAGAGACAAUGGGAUUUACAGCAGCUGAAGCAGAGAGAUCAACCAUCCUGGAGGCCACAGAGGGGCUUACCUGAAAAAUCUGUUUCAGUUCUUCGGGCAUGGAUGUUUCAGAAUUUCUUACAUCCGUACCCUAAAGACAAUGAGAAGCAGUUGCUGGCACUUAGAAGUGGAUUAACAAGGAACCAGGUCUCAAACUGGUUUAUAAAUGCUCGUGUUCGACUGUGGAAGCCUAUGAUAGAAGAAAUGUAUACUGAAAUCCAUAAGAAAAAUCGAGCUGAAGGAUCCUGUGGCCAACGUAGACGCCAUGGUAACAUCUACUGUCAGAGAAACCAGACGAGUUAAAGUAGUAGUUUUGAUUGAUGAAGGCAAUAAGUAGCUGUUUAUAAUUUCAGCUCAUUCUUGGUGAAUUAAGAGAACAAGUGGAGCUGUGCAUUCUAUUCUUUUCCUUUCUCCCUCAGCUUUGUUUGUCUUCUUCUGGAUGAAGAACUGCUCUUACUUCCAUUUUAUGUGUAUAUCAACCUCCUUCCACAAAAUUGCAGGUGUUUGUGCUAUGUGGAAGUGGAAUUUUAUUGUAUAUCAGAGCUCAUUUGGUUUCUUAAUGUUAGAAAAAUGAACUUAAAUUUAUCAUUU